AUGAAGUGUUGUAUCAUGAGUGAACAGAGCCUCGAAUUGAAGAAGAGAGAACCAGGUAGAGUGAACCAAAAGGCUGAAGAAUGCAGGCCACAAUAUGACAAGAAAUUCCACCACAAUAUUGUAAUCCUUGUCCUCCAAGGGAGUAUAGUGGCCAGCCUAAUUCAAAAUGGUAUAGCGCAUGGCUCAGAACUAAGUGGGUUUUCCUGGAUAAAUCAGAAUUAA